AUGGCUUUCCCCUCCAGCCUGCACACCUCUCCCCCACCCCAUCCUCCAGGUGGUAACAUGAGCCACUGGCCUGAGCGGAACUGGACAAACCCAAAGGAGUUCGUCAUCCUGGGUUUUUCAGGGUGGCCCCAAGGGCUCCAGGUGCUGCUGUUUGCCCUCCUCCUGCCUCUCUACCUGGCCACACUUGCGGGAAACCUGCUCAUUCUGGGCCUGGCUGUCAUGGAUUCCGCCCUGCACACCCCCAUGUACUUCUUCCUGGGCUCGCUGUCUGCUGUCGAGGUGGCCUACACCCUGGUGCUGACCCCGCGCAUGCUGGCCGGCUUCCUCCUGCCUCCUGGGGGCCAGGCUGUAGCUGCCUCCACCUGUGCUGCCCAGAUGGGUCUCUUUGUGGCUCUGGGGGGCUCAGAGUGCCUGCUGCUGGCUGCCAUGGCCCUGGACCGCUACCUGGCCAUCUGCUGGCCUCUCUACUACCCUCAGCUCAUGACCUCAGGGCUCUGCUGGUGCCUGCUCGCCUCCUGCUGUGUCGGUGGCUCUAUCCUAGCCUUAAGCCUCACCACUGCCAUAUUCCAGCUGCCCUUCUGCCAUGGCGGCCUGGUCAACCACGUCUUCUGUGACCUGCCGGCGGUGCUGGUGCUGGCCUGUGGGAACCGGGACCUGCAGGAACAUGUGCUCCUGGCAGCAUGCCUUCUGCUGCUGGUGCUGCCUCUCGUCCUGAUUCUGCUCUCCUAUACCAGGGUGCUGCUCGUCAUCCUGGGCCUUGGUGGGGCCGAGGGCCGCCAAAAGGCCUUCAACACCGUCGCAUCCCAUCUCACGGUAGCUGUGCUCCACUAUGGCUGUGCCACGGCCAUGUAUGCCAGACCCCUCCACAGCCGCUCCCUGGAGGAGGACAAACUCAUCUCGCUCAUCUACAUCAACCUCACGCCCCUGCUCUACCCAGCCAUCUACACACUGCGGAACCGGGACAUGCAGGGCGCCCUCCAGCGUGUGGCCGGCCAGAGUACACCAGGCUCUGUCCACCAAGCCGAUCUCACCUGA